UAUUGGGGGUUUAGUAUUGUGAGGAGGAGGAGGAGGAAGAAAAACCCUCACGUUGAUACUCCCCGGAUUUGUUGCGUAUCGCGCCGUUUCCCGCGGAGCCUCUGGCGGAAGACCCGGCUGGAUGCCUGCGCUUCGCCUUCACAUUGGCUCCUGAAAACGCACUCCCGUCAUUAAAAACUGGAUGCGUGUGCGUCUUGGCUUAGUCAUGAAAUACACCUGAGCUGGGCAUGUAGUUCUCCGGGUUCCUGGGCGUGGGAAGGACGAAGAAAGCCGUUUGUUUACUCACUUGUCGAAGGAAUAUUGUUGAAGUAAAGUUCGGCAGCGGCUGCGCAGCUGAUCCAGACGCUCAGUUUGCUCCACUUUGUGUUGUCCAGGGUCGUUUCCUCACAUCGGGAUGUAACAUUUAGAGAGUUUUUGGAGGAGUUGGUGACGCAUCGAAACCAGAUUUACCUUGGGGCUGUUGGUACUUUUGGGAAUAUAGAAAGAAAAGCCUGGACAGGGAUAUCGGCGACAAACCCAGAGGAGAGGAGGGUGAGGUGGUUCAUGUCAUCAGAGUUCAACAGGCCUGAACAGUGAGCAGACAUGAUGGAGCGGCGGUGGGCGUGGCACUUUGCCCUGGUGUUUCUGGCAGCCGUUUACCUUAGCCCCUCCCAGGGCAAAAAGACAGACUUCCUGUCUGGCACUCUGAUCAACAACGUGGUGGUCAACCCUCGUACAGGCCAGCUGUACGUCGGCGCCGUCAACAACCUCUACCAGCUGACCCCUGACCUCGAGGUCCUAUCUAGCACCGAGACGGGCCCCAAACGGGACAACAGACAGUGCACGCCACCCAUCACUGAAGCCUGCGAGGAGGCCAUGGACACAGACAACCACAACAAGCUGCUGCUGGUCCACGAGGUCAAAGACAUACUUGUAGUGUGCGGCAGUGUCUUCAGAGGGAUCUGCUCGCUGAGGAACCUGAGCAGCGUGGCGCAGCUGCUGUACUUCAGCGACACCAAGGGAGAGAAAUCGUACGUGGCGAGUGCCGAGGAGAGUGUCUCCGUGGUGGGAGUGAUGUCAUACUACACCAAGGACAGAGACAACUUCACUGUUUUCCUGGUUGGUAAAGGCUACGGUAGCCACGACAGCACCAAGCUGAUCUCCACCCGCAUCCUCCAGGACUACGGUGACUGGGUGGUUUUCGACAGCAUCAUCGAGGCCUCAGCGGUCCAGGCCAACCCUUUCGUCUUACGGUACCUCCAUGACUUUCGCUUCACCUUCAAAGACGGUGGCUUCGUGUACUUCCUGUUUUCACGGACACUCGGCCUUCAGGACAACAAGAACUUCACCUUCAUCUCCAGGAUGUGCGAGAACGAUCCCUGGUAUUACUCAUACACUGAGCUGCAGCUGAACUGUAGUGCUGCCAACAAGUACAACAAAGUUCAGGCUGCCUAUGUAGCAGCACCAGGUGAAGCCUUGGCUCAGAAUCUGAGCAGAUCAUACCAGUACGGAGUGGUCUCAGCCUCUGACAAGGUGCUGUUUGUAACCUUCACUUCUGACGAGGGCCCAUCUACUUCAGCCAUGUGUAUGUACCCUCUGCGCUCUAUUAAUAACAGGCUGGCGGAGAUAAUAGGUGCAUGUUAUAGCAAUAAAGGCUACAUCAACGAGGUGGCUGCCGUGUAUUCGCCUUACUCCUCCAAGUCUGAAAAGCUGUGCGACAGCAGCGGCAAUCAGAAUGACGUGUUGAACAAAUACAAGUGUGGGGCUGAGCACCUGACCACCCCUCUGGCUAGCAAGGCUGAGUUCGCCUUAACAGCUGAGCCCUCGCUGGUCCGGAAGGGUCACAUGACCGCCGUGGCUGUGGCUGUGGAGCAGGGACACGCUGUGGCGUUCCUGGGCACCACCACCGGAGAGGUGCUGAAGGUGCACCUGUCUGACCAUCCUGAGGUGUACGGGCGAGUGCCUGGCGACGUCACAGGCGGCAAGGUCAACAAGAACCUGCUGUUCGAUUCCAGCUUCCAAAACCUGUACAUCACCACGGAGAAGAUGAUCACCAAGGUUCCGGUCCAGGCCUGCCAGCUGAAGACAGACUGCCACUCCUGUAUCUCUAUGAAGGAUCCAUACUGCGGCUGGUGUGUCCUGGAGGGAAAAUGCACAAGGAAGCAGGAGUGUGGCAGGUCGACGGAGGAGAACACGUGGCUGUGGUCCCCCAAGCAGCAGUGUGUUGAGAUCCAGGCUUUCAACCCUCCGAACCUGAGCUGCAGGAAGACACAGCAGGUUGACAUCAGCAUACCCACCCUGCCCAGACUGGGGCUGUCUGAUCAACUGGAGUGUGUUUUCGGCUCUUUCGUCAGUGGAGCCGUGGUGACCUUUGACAGUCAUGCUCAUGCGCAGGUCACCUGUUCGAUGCCCGGCCCUGUGGACAUCCCGCCCACCCCUGAGCAGCAGGACUAUGUGUCCGUCCCAGUCAAGGUUCUGGUAAACAGCGCCGUCGAGGUGACAUCUGGAGAGUAUCACUUCUACAACUGUGCUGCCACAGUCAGGAAGAAUCAAAACACACCGUGCAUCGCGUGUGUGACCAGUGAGUGGGGCUGUCAGUGGAACGCUAAGGAUCACAGCUGCAGUGACAGUGAAGAUGCAGUGAGUGGAGAUCACAUUGUCAAACCACAGCAGCCUGACAGCUGUCCUCAGUUCGAGUCCCCAGAGCCGUUGUUAAUCCCCGUCGGCUACAAGAUCCCCAUCACCUUCCAGGGAAGAAACCUGGACAUCUACAGGGGCCAUAGGUUUGCCAUCGGGACGGAGCUGAUGAAGCACACAGAGGAGGAGGUCACCCAGGAGCAGGGGUCAAGGUUCAAAUUCACAGGUUACGAGUUCACCUAUGACCAGCAGCAGGAGGUGAACAUAUCCUUCCAUAUCAAAGACAGAGACAAUGAGAGGAAGAUUGACAGCACCCUGACAGUCGUGCUGUAUAACUGCUUUUUGGGAAGAGAAGACUGCAGUCUGUGUAAACACGCCGACACCAAGUACCAGUGUGUUUGGUGCGAGGCUUCACACAUGUGUGUUUACCAGGGACUCUGCCCAUCACCGCAGCCGGCACAGUGCCCCAACCCCGAGAUCGUCAAUAUCAUCCCUCGCUUUGGCCCUCUGAACGGCCGCAUCGCGGUGACCAUCAAAGGCUCCAAUAUGGGAAUAAAGAAGGAGGAUGUGAAGAAGAUCACAGUGGCCGGUGUGGACUGUGUUCACCAGGAGGACAGAUACUCGGUCUCUACCAGCGUGGUGUGUGAGAUCGGCCCGGCGAGGCGAGCUCCACCAAGCGACCUCCCCUUUGAGCCGACCAACAGUGGACCCGUGGAGAUGGAGCUAGAAGGGGGGAGGAGAGGGACGUCUCAGGUCAUUUUCACCUAUCGGGACCCCAAAGUGGUGGCCGUCAACCCAGUGAAGGGUCCGGCAGCUGGAGGAACCGUGAUCACCAUCAGUGGAGAAGACCUGGACACGGCGACUAAAGAAGACGUCACCGUCACCGUGGGUGGUGUUCCUUGUGAAGUCCUGUCGUUCGGCACGGAGAUCACCUGUAAGACCGGCAGGUAUCGGGGGCAGAAGGUGCCCUCCGACCCGUUAGUGGUGACGGUGAAGUAUGGAAAAAACACCACCAAGGAUGUCCCAACGCCAUACCAGUACUCGGAGAAUCCCAAGAUCUCAGAAUACAAGCCUAAAGACAGCUUCAUUUGCGGUGGUCGAAGGAUCGUGGUGACAGGAAGCGGUUUUGACCUGAUCCAGAGAGCCACCAUGAAAGUCCUGCCGUCCCCUGACGAGUUUUCACAGGAGACCGCACUGGUGGAGUUUGUCCAGGACGCUCACAGUAAGAACGACACCGUCCUCCAGUUUUACUCUCCGUCGGUGAACAGCUCCCUCGACACCCAGUCUCUCAGGACCAUUCUGCAGCUGGACAACGUGAUGGAGGAGCUGAAGGACUUUAACUAUCACCCUGACCCCAGCUUCAACGAGCUCGCCAAGAACGUCAUCACAGAGACCAGCAUCAUCAUCGUGACCGGUCGAGGUUUCCUCAAGGCCAUGACGGCUCAAGAGGCUCAGGCGUUUGUUGGAGACGCCUCGUGUCACGUUAACAUACUGCAGGAUGAUAAGUUGAUCCUGGAGGCUCCUUCAUCGCAGCCCAGAGCCAGGUCCAAGCGUCAACGCAGAGACACCACCAACGACCCGCUGGACCUUGUGGUCAAGUUCGGUCACGGUGAGUGGAUAGUGGGUUCAGUCUACUACGCCAGAAAAGUCGACAUUCCUCUGGCUAUAAUCAUCCCUGCAGUUAUCAUACCCAUGCUGCUCUUCAUCGCCGUGUCAGUCUACUGCUACAGGAGGAAGAGUCGGCAGGCAGAACGAGAAUACGAGAAGGUCAGACACCAACUGGAGAAUCUGGAGGAAAGUGUCCGGGAUCGCUGCAAGAAAGAGUUCACAGACCUGAUGAUUGAAAUGGAGGACCACACCAGCGACCUGAGCGAGGCCCGGAUCCCCUUCCUGGACUACAAAAACUACACCGACCGAAACUUCUUCCUGCCCUCCAAGGAUAGUGUUAACGAUGCCAUGUUCACGGGAAAAAUCCAAAUCCCAGAGGCCCGCAGGACCAUCGUGGCUCAGGCGCUCAACCAGUUCUCCCACAAUUAAAGUGAGUUUGUCCUCCUGCUCCGUCUAUUCUCUUUCAUCCACACAUUGGAGAGUCGUCCUGACUUCAACGCUCGCUCGCGUGGUUAUUUCGCCUCUCUGCUGACGGUGGCGCUGCACGGCAAACUGGAGUACUACACUGACAUCAUGAGGACGCUGCUGCUGGAGCUGAUGGACGAGCACGUGCAGAGCAAAAACCCCAAACUAAUGCUCAGGAGGUCAGAGACAGUGGUGGAGAGGAUGCUGUGUAACUGGAUGUCUAUCUGUCUCUACCAGUUCCUCAGGGACACAGCAGGAGAGCCUUUAUACAAGCUGUAUAAGGCCUUGAAGCACCAGGUGGAAAAGGGGCCAGUGGACGCCAAGAUGAAGAAAGCCAAAUACACACUGAACGAUACAGGACUCCUGGGGGACGAUGUGGAGUACUCUGUACUGACCCUGCAGGUUCUGGUGCACGGGGAGGGACCGGAUGUGACUCCAGUGAAGGUGUUGAACUGUGACACAAUCACCCAGGUAAAAGAGAAGAUCAUUGAUCAGGUCUAUAGGAAUCUACCCUACUCGCAGAGACCAAAGGUGGAGAGUGUUGCACUGGAGUGGCGUCCUGGUUCCACGGGGCAGAUCCUGUCCGACCUCGACCUGACCUCCCUGAAAGAAGGACGCUGGAAGAGGCUGAACACUCUGGCUCAUUACAACGUUCGGGAUAACGCCACGUUGGUCCUGUCCAGAGUUCUGCACACACAGUCGUUCCACCAGCAACAAGACAGCCAUGAGGAGAAAAACGCGCUACUGGAGGAGGACAACACCUUCCACCUGGUGAGACCAACAGAUGAAAUCGAUGAGGUGAAGUCAAAGAGAGGCAGCAUGAAGGACAAGGCGAUGACAAAAGCCAUCACUGAGAUUUAUCUGACCAGGCUGCUGUCCGUCAAGGGCACAUUGCAGCAGUUUGUGGAUGAUUUCUUCCGCAGUGUAUUAGGCUUGAGCUCCGUUGUCCCUCCUGCCGUCAAAUACUUCUUUGACUUCCUGGAUGAGCAGGCGCUGAGACACGACAACGUUGAUGAGGAGACGCUGCACAUCUGGAAGACCAACAGCUUGCCUCUGCGCUUCUGGGUGAACAUCCUGAGGAACCCCCACUUCAUCUUCGACGUCCACGUGACAGAGGUGGUGGACGCUUCGUUGCAUGUCAUCUCUCAGACCUUCAUGGACGCCUGCACCAAGACGGAGCACAAACUCAGCCGAGAGUCUCCGAGCAACAAGCUGCUCUAUGCAAAAGAGAUUUCGACUUACAAGAAGAUGGUGGACGAUUACUACAAAGGCAUCAGACAGAUGGUUUCAGUCAGUGACCAGGACAUGAACACACACCUCGCUGAGGUGUCCAGGCAACACACGGACAAACUGAACACCGAGGUGGCCUUACAUCAACUGUACCAGUACGCCAGCAAGUACUAUGAUGUGAUCAUCCAGUCGCUGGAUGAGGACCCAGCAGCCCAGAAUAAGCAGCUCACCCUCCGCCUCCAACAAAUCGCUGCCGCCCUGGAAAACAAGGUUACUGACCUUUGACCUCUGACCCCAUGGAGGGGUCAGGGUGAGGAGCUAGCGGCUACUAAAACACAGGAUGCUUUUUUCCAUUUAAGGACUCAGAUGAGCUAAUGGACUCUACCAACCAUGUAAGGACUGAAGUGGGAGGGGCUAGUGGUGCCACAGGAUGCUGUUGAACAUAUAAGGACUGAAGGGGGGAGGAGUUAUUGGACUCCAGGAGAGAUGAGGAAUUAGAAUUUUGGACAAACAAAGUGUUACCAUAUGCUCAGAGUGGUUUAAACUGAAGCAUUGUUACCUACUACAGUUGUAUGAUUUGCCUCCUGAAACAAACACCAAGGAUCGAUCAUAAUGUGGCUGCAGGUGGGAGCUCUGUGAAAACAAAGGGUUAGUUUUUUAAUCGUAGCUAGGGCGUUGGGUUUAUAUGCUCCUCAGACAUAGCUUUUUGUGUUUGGCUUCUCUACACCAGAUGUUGAAUAUGACCAUCUAAGGACUGAAGAAAAAAAGUGCCACACGAGAAAGGAUGAUUGAAGAGUUUGGGAUAAAUGAAAACAGUGAGACAUGACCAAAUAUUUUCUUUUUUCUACUCAGUCCUGUUGGAAGCUGGGAUUGGAACUGCAGCCGCUUCAGGAUGCCUUGUGACCAAUGUUUCCAUUUCUAAACUGUUGACUCUUAACUGCUGACCUGAGGUCAGACUUCUGUCUCCAUACUAAAUGGUAAACAGGAAAUCUGGCAACUUGUCAGCAACAGAGAACAGUUUUCUAAAGUGUGAAUAUACUUGGAUGAACUUUUUCAUUCAAGUGAGUUCAAAUAAAAAUAAUCAACUAAUGAAAACCCACCACGGUACAUACCACUGGCCAAUCAGGGGUCUUGGUUUAAUCUUGAUGGCGCUUCAGGGUACGAUGAGUUAAACUCAAAAAUCAAACCACAACUUGUCUUGUAUCUUGGCCAAAUUGUAUCAGAUUAGCUGCAGUAUGUUUCUAUGCUGGUGAUACUGUGCUGUUGACUCAAGUCACAGCAGAAUAAUUUCAUCCUGUUUAGUAUUACUCUUUGUAUGCAGGCUUUAAGCACAGGCUUUGCAUUUCCGUAUACAAGCUAAACUAAGUUUUAAUGGAUGGAUACAGUGCCACUUAGUUUUUUCUUUGCAAAGUGUUUAUCAGGGUGGUCCAUAACAUCCUGUCCUGUGCGUACAUGAGGACCAGCUUGUUUUUACUUUCUGUAAAAAAUCAUGACUGCCUAAUCAUGUAGUUUAAACAG